GGACUCCACACGAGAAAAAGUCGCAAAGAUAAAAAUAGCUCUGGCAAGCUGCCAAGAGCGUAGCGAUGAACUGGAAAAAGAACGGGACAGACUAGGGCAUGAAAGUACUCUACCACAUCUUCUCCACUAGCGGUUUUCCCCUUGCUCAUGCUCAUCUAGCAUGAUCCAUGAUUUUUUCUCUUUUAUUAUGGAAGAAAGGCGCGAACUCAGUCUCAAAAGUUUAAUACUUCGCAGCACGGUGAACGAGUCGGCGGCUCUUAGAGCUUAAGCCAGCUACGUACUGAAGUAGGUAGCUAGCUUAAUACGUAGCGCGAAGAGGUUAGCUAGGCAGGCUUUGCCAAAAGCCACAAAGGUGGCAGAGUUUUGAAAUCGUGUCUGCGGAUCCAACUCCCAGCCUUCGACGUACAGGUCUCCAAGCCACCUCAUCCGAACGAUCGCCGUUUUGAGAGAAUUGCCAGAGUUGAGGCGGCUCAGGAAGUUUGCCAGUUGUCUGGGCGUCUGGGUGUGUCUGCGAAUGUGUCAACGACGACAGCCUUCCAGCGUCAUGUAGUGGCAGGCGCUCCCCACUAGGUUCUGUCAAAAAGUGCGCACUUUUCUAGCAUCGUCGAGCAUAUAAUUAGAUAGUGGGAUAGGAUUGAGAUUGUCACUUUUUUUUGGCGGAACCUGGUGUGUCAAAAAAACGAUCUCAAACUCAAUCCACUUUUUUUGUCAUCAAUGACGUCAUCCGCGACCCCCAUCAGCUACCAAAGAGGAGCCAGACUCUGAAAGUGUGAGGCAUAGUAGAUGUAGAAAAAAGCAGGAAGAACAAAGCAACCACUUUCAUCCAAUGCUUCAGGCCCUGGCAGUUGGAUCCGCGGACGCGACUCCUACCUUCUGGCACCUUUCUAGUCAUUGA